AUCCAAAUUAACUUUCAGGAGUACAAAAAAGAGAUAAAAGCCGCCACCAUUUCAGAGGUUUUUCCAUUGUCGUUUUCAGCACUCGAAACACAAAAUCAAAUUGAGCACCCACCAUGAAGUUCCUGAUCCUUGCCCUGUGCGUGGCAGCGGCUCUAGCCACCAGCCCUGACCUGGACCAAGAAUGGCAGAUGUGGAAGGACAACAACCAGAGGAAGUACGAGGUUGAAGAGGAGGACUACCGUCGAUUCGUCUGGGAGUACAACUACAAGGUAGUGACCGAGCACAACCAGCGAUACGCCCUGGGCCACACCACCUACACCAUGGCCAUGAACCAGUUCGCUGACCUGACUAAUGUUGAAUUCAGAAAACAAAUGAAUGGCUACCUCACGCGAAAAGUCCCAACGAAGCAGUCAAAUGCCACGACAGUAACCACCGACCUCCCAACUACCGUGGACUGGCGCACAAAGGGCUACGUCACUCCCGUGAAAAAUCAGAUGCAGUGCGGGUCGUGUUGGGCCUUCAGUGCCACUGGUUCCCUGGAAGGACAGACCUUCAAAAAGACCGGCAAACUGCCGAACCUGAGCGAGCAGAACCUGGUAGACUGCGCCAAGGAUCCCAAGUACAACUGCAACGGCUGCGAAGGGGGAACCAUGCAAGGCGCGUUCCAGUACAUCAGCGAUAAUAAGGGAAUCGAUUCCGAAGCAUCGUAUCCGUACACAGCCAAGGAUGGGACUUGCCACUUCAGUCGUGCCAACGUUGCUGCAACAGACAGUUCGUAUACAGAUCUACCAAGCAUGGAUGAAAAGGCCCUACAGACGGCUGCAGCAACCAUUGGACCAAUCAGCGUGGGCAUUGAUGCCAGUCACGAGUCCUUCCAGAUGUAUGAUGGAGGUGUUUACGAUGAGCCAGCAUGUAGCCAGACUGAACUGGACCACGGUGUGCUUGUUGUUGGCUACGGCGCACUAGAUGGCAAAGACUAUUGGCUGGUUAAGAACAGUUGGGGUCCGAAGUGGGGCCUGAAGGGCUACAUCAUGAUGUCUCGUUUCAAGAACAACCAGUGCGGCAUCGCGACUGACGCCUCCUAUCCUAUAGUUUAAAUCAGUGCAAUAAGCUUCUGUUUCGACCGCAAUAUAAAAACAUAAAAAAUAAAGCAGCUUUCAAUAACCAGCUAAGAUAUUCUCGCAAAUUUUGCUUCCUCUGUACUGCUCUCCUUUCAGCAUUGAAGCUAUAUGACAACAAAUUUAAUAAUCCAAAGCUUUACUCUCUCGUUAUUUACUAGUAACAAAUUAGUUAGCCUAGAGAAAACAGCAAUACAUGUACUACUCUAUACUUAGAGAAUGCACCGAUCUUAUACUCGGCUCUCAAGAGUUCAUUGUAUCAAAUUUAUUUAUUGACAAAAUGUAUCUGUAUAAAACGUUGAAAACCAAAAUGACAAAAAUUGGCUCUCUCAGAUAGAAUGAAUUGCAUUUAUUUUACCUUGCAAGGGAUGCAAGUCAUCCAUCAAUAUGCAAUUUUGUAAAAGUACCAAUUUUUUUUACAUACUUUGUACUCAAAUCAGUAUUAUUUUGUGAAUGCAUUGACUUACCUUAAGUCUCCGGGUAGGAAUGAAGUGUGUCGUUGAUUGUGUUUCUUUGCUGUAUAAUAUCAGAAUAUUUAAAACGAUACGAAUACUUUUCUUUGUAGUAAAAUAUUUUGGAAGAUAACUGCAACCUUGUAUCACAAAAAGUUUACCUUUUUGAGGAGGGGAGGAGUUUUCACAUUUCAUUAAUCUAGAAGAUGUAUUUAAAGCACAAUAAUACACAGGUAUACUUUGCUACCCUUUCCCCGCGUUCUGGAAAUUUUUCAGAAAAUUUGAC